AUUGGUUGUCAACGGCUCUCCGCGAGGAGAGGACACAAGAAGGGAGGGGGGAGGAACGGACCCCCUCCGUUCUAACGGGCCUGAUUGGGCGACCGGGGUUCGAAAGGGGUGUGGCUGGCCUUGGUCGAAGGUUAUAAAAACGUUUGUGGGGGACCGGCCACCCUCAUUAAAGUGAGGGUGGCAGAAGCGAGUUUGGAGGGGUAGAAGUAGGAGUUGGGGAGAAUCUACUCCCCCUCCCAUACUUACGAAAGAAAGAACUUCUUAAACGAAAAGGUCUGGUGUUCUCCUAAUAGUGGUAGGGGCUGUGUAACCCCAAGUUUAGAGGCCAGCCUCCUAGGCUGUGGAGGGAGGAAGAGGCAUUAAUCAGAAGUGAAUUAAGGGGCAUGUGUGAUCCCUUUAAAGGUUAGGGUUAGAUUGUGUUACUCUACAACCCUUCGUGCAGACCCAACACAAUGAAUUCCAAUGUAGAAAAUCUGCCUCCCCACGUGAUCCGAUUGGUCUACAAGGAAGUUUCAACUCUAACAUCGGAUCCCCCUGAGGGCAUCAAGGUGUUCCCCAAUGAGGAGGAUAUCACAGAUGUGCAGGUCACCAUCGAGGGACCCGAAGGUACCCCAUACUCUGGAGGCCUCUUCCGCAUGAAGCUGAUCCUUGGCAAGGACUUCCCAGCUAGCCCUCCGAAAGGCUACUUCCUGACCAAAAUCUUCCACCCUAACGUGGGCGCCAACGGCGAGAUCUGUGUCAACGUCCUCAAAAAGGACUGGAAAGCAGAACUAGGCAUCCGGCAUGUCCUGCUGACCAUCAAAUGUUUGCUCAUCCACCCCAAUCCGGAAUCGGCCCUGAACGAGGAAGCAGGGCGCCUCCUGCUGGAGAACUAUGAGGAGUAUGCCUCGCGGGCCCGCCUCCUGACAGAGAUCCAUGCCCAGCCAUCAUCCAGCCUACGCACCAAGGACCCCGCUGAGCCUUGCUCCUCUUCGGCUGGUGCUUCCGGGGAGGGCCCCAUGGCCAAGAAACACGCAGGUGACAGGGACAAGAAACUGGCCUCCAAGAAGAAAACUGACAAGAAGCGAGCUCUCCGGCGGCUUUAGGGGACCGAGCGGGGGCGGGGUGGGGUGGGGGUCCAGUACACGGGUGGGCGGUGGGCAUGGGGGGGGGCUUCACAGUACAUUUUCCAUUUCUCCUCUCUCUUCCUCUCCCACCUUCACUUGAAGGCUACAGUCCAACUCUGUCUCGCCCUUGUCAGGUUUUUCUUUUCGACCUUUAAGUUAUUUAAAUUAUAAAAGCAGAAAAAUCUAUUAAAUGCUUUUUUUUCUAA